AUGCCGGCCGCCGUCGAUGACCCGGCCAGCCCCACAAUCCAUCGGGUCUCCGGCCAGCCGCCGUUUCCGGACCCGAACAACCCGGUGCUGCCGCCGGACAUUGUCGUGGACCAGCCGCGAGAGUUACACCGGGUCGUCGUACUGCCGCGGCUUCAAGACCUUGGUUUUCAGCCGUUUCCGCAGCCGCCACUUCCGCAGGUAGUCCCCCAUGCACAGCGGCGGCAGUUAGAGGAACAACUAGACGCGCGUAUUCAUGCGGCGGUCGCUGCGGCCGUGGACCACGGCGCUGCGUUCGCCGUGUUAGCAGCGGGCUGCGGCAACCUCAAGAGCUACCCGGACCGCCUCAUCGACGCCAUCAUCUACGGCCGUGACCUGGCACCCGGCGAGGCGGAGGAGCUGGUGAGCGAGGAGCGCUUCGACAAGAUCAAGUACUACCUCAAGUACGGCAAGUACCCCAACGGCGCCGACCGCGCCGAGAAGAGCCGCCUGCGCAGCGCCGCCACGCACUACAAACUGCUCGACGGCGACAAGCUCAUGCUCAAGGACAAGGAGGUCAUCGCGGAUCCGCAGCGGCAGUACGAAAUUGCGCGUGGCGUCCACGUCAUGCAUCAUGGCGGCAUCAACAAGACCACAGCCACCAUUGCCGAGAAGUACCACUGGAGCCGCAUCAAGGAGACGGUCAGCGACGUCAUCCGCGCCUGUGCCGAGUGCAAGGAGCUGGGCAAGACGCCCAACCCGGGCGGCACCAAGAAGACGGCCGCCGCCGCUGCUGCCGCUGCCGCUGCCGCUGCCGCCGGUGCGUCUUCUACUUCUUCUGCCGCUGCCGCUGCAGCUUCUACCCCUUCUUCGUCGGCGCCGACGCCGGCUCCUCCUCCUCCUCAGGUGCCGGUCUCGGUGGUGGCCACCCCUGCGGCCAUGGUAACGACGACGACAGCUACACCAACGCCCAUCCUGCCGAGCAACGGCCCGCCGCGGAACCACACGAUGCCGCCGAGCAUGGGCACCACGGGCCGGAUCCUGGCGCUGCAGAGCCACGAGUCGAUGCUGUCCCUGUCGCCGAGCUCGAGCCCGAGCCCCGGCGCGUACGCCAACCCGAGCGACAUCUCCGUCAUCCCGCCGUCGCAGACAUUCCAGCCCGCGCAGGCGCUGCACCACCACCCUCAACAGCAGCAGCCGCCGCCGCCGCACCAGCAGCAACAGCAUCACCACCACGGCCUGCCACCUCACGAAGCAGCAGCGCACCACCAUCACCAGCAGCAGCAGCAUCACCACCACCUCCAGGCGCUGCAUCAUCAUCACCAGCAACAGCAACAGCAACAACAGCAGCAGUCUCCGCUGCACCACCCCGGCGUCAUCCAUCACGCGGCAGCAGCGCACCACCACCACAACCCCAUGCUGCAAGACCAGCCGAACCAGCACGAAGCACACGUCUACCAGCCCAUCGACCCGCAGAUCAUCAACCACCACCACCACCACCCGCAGGCGCACCACCACGACCCCAUGGCCUUUGAGCACUACCACCCGCACCCCGACUUCCAGGCCCUGCUCAGCGCCACGGAAGACGUCGUCCCCUCGCAGCCCGACGAUUCCGUGCCGCCGUCCGUCGUGGACACGGAUCUGGAGAUGCUCAUUGAGCAUGAUGCCGUGGACGACGUCGACGUCGACGACGACGGCACCGGCGGCGGCGGCCAUGUCGUUGUUGGACAUCAGGCCGAUCACCACGGGGCGCACGUCAUGGAUGAGGACGUCAUGGUCGAUGGGCUGGGCGGCGGCGGCGGCGCAGCAGCGCAGGUGAUGAGGAGGAUAGGGCAUAGGGACGGGAGGGGGAUGUACGACGUCAAUUUCGGGGGGCCUGCUGGAUGA